ACUAUAGCCGAUUAUGAGAGAGUCAAGGUUGUUGAAUUUUUAAUCUUUUACAAACUUAGGUCAAAGAUAUUUCAGGACCUUUUAGAUACGCAGAAAAUUGACCUAAAUUUACUAAGAAAGGAAUGUUUAUCCGGUUGUCCAGAAAGCGGUGAUUUUCGUUCGAUAUCUUGGAAGAUCCUAUUAAAUUAUCUUCCAACUGAAAAAUCCCUCUGGAAUACAACCCUUUCAAAAGCUCGGAAAGAGUAUGAAGGAUUUUUACCGGAAUUUAUCUCAAAAAAAUCAAAAUCGAAUCAGUCUUCCGAUCAUCCCCUGAGCAGUGACCCUAGUAGCUAUUGGCGAGAAUACUUUGACGACAACAUCGUCCUGCUCCAGAUUAAUAAAGACUGCCGUCGCCUAUAUCCUGAGCUUGAUUUUUUUCGACGUCCUACUCAAUAUCCGUGUGAUAAGAUCUUCGAAUCGGGUGUCAAAAUAUCAGACUUGCGAAAUCGAAUUGAAACAGAGCUGACUCGGUCCCAUUCCGUUGCGACAAAUACCCUAGGUGCCAUUAGGCUUGUAAAUUCUAUUGAUGACCAUUGUGGCACUUCUUUACUUCGUGCUGCUUGUGAUGACGAAGAAAUUCGAGAUGGCAAGCAUUCCAUAUCGAAUGGAGCUCUCGAUCCAAAUGCCGAAUUUCAUUGGGAGGUUGUCCAGCGAAUACUUUUCACGUCAUAUAAAAUGAAUCGUGCUUCUUCCUACGUGCAGGGGAUGAAUGAAAUAGCUGCCCCCAUUUACUACGUUUUCGCGAACAAUCCUGAUCCAAAUGAGAGACGUUUCGCUGAGCACGAUGCCUUCUUCUGUUUCAAUAACCUGAUGGUGGAAAUUCAGAGCGUCUUUAAUCGCAAUUUUGACCAAGAUUUUGGCAUUGGCAGCAAGAUGGAGACCAUGUUAAGUCUGCUUGGUGAACUUGAUGCCGAUCUACUCCAAAAGUUGAACCGUCUCCACCUCGAACCCGCGCAUUUUGCAUUCCGAUGGAUUACUCUCCUCCUAACUCGAGAAUUCCUUCUCCCAGGUAAUAUAGAGUUGAUUGCAUAUCUUGUUUGCUGCCAUUUAACUGUUAUGGAAAAUCAUACUCAGUCUAGUGCUGAGGCUCUCAUUUGA